AACAUACCAGACUCUUCAGAAGAAACAUCAGGGCGGAGAAGGGUAACGAUUGAAAACUUAAAACACUGAAACGUAGCAAAAAAAUCAAAGUUAGAUUUCACUUAAAACUAUAAACUAACUGAAACGGAAAUACAAAUUCAUCAUACGAAUAAGAACGAAGAAACUCUUCAGAGGUAGUUAGCAAACAUGCAGACUUUACUACAAACAUUAUUAUGUUUCGUUUUCGUGGCGCAAUGCCUUUCACAACCCGGGACAUACUCAGGCAGACGAAGAACAGUCGUAAAUAAACCAGUGGUGGUCGAUCAUAUGCCGAUCUUUAACCCCAAGCCGAUUAAUCCCAAACCGAUUAUCCCAAAGCCAAUAAACCAAGUAAUUUUUGGAGGAGAGAAUAGCGCGUUUGGCCAAGGAAGUUUCAUGGGAGGCAGUUCUGAACUCGAGCUCAUUAGAAAGCUGCAAGGUAGCACCCAGUUUGGUCGUAUUCUCAGAGCAGGUGAAAUCAUCGAAGGAAUCACGCUACCCGAACACGGAGGAACCUUAGAGGCAAGCGGCAUCACUGCUGAUGGUCGCGGUGCUAUCAUUCCAGGAGGAUUACCGAAAAACGUUUUUAACGAUGGAUGGCAGCAUCCCUGGGGUGGCAAUGCCAUCCCAGAUGAUUAUGCAGGACAGGAGCUUAUUUUUGACCAAGCUCUAGGACAUUACGUAUACGUCAAAAAUGCAAAUGUCGGCCACCAAAUAAACAAGGAAACGCAUAACAUUCAAAAGGCUGUUGGUCUAGGACAAAGCGUUGUUCCAACAUCUCAUAAUAUUGCAAAGUCAAAUAUGGCUGUCGAACAUUCGAUCGUGAAAGAAGCCGAUCAUAUCGCAAGAAAAACAGUUGGAGGCGUUCAAGUUGUUGGUGGAGGGAUGGGCUUCGACCCAAUGACCCACAAUACUAUCAAAACAAGCGGCUCGGGCAUCAUCAUUGCUGGAAAACCAACAUACCAAGGUGGCAUAAUCAAGAGCGGUGGGGUCGAUCCAGUGUCGCACAACAUAAUCAAAGCUUCCGCUGGAGCUGGUUUCGGCAACAAUCCAACAUCGCACAACAUGAUCAAGGCUUCAGUUGGAGCACACUCCGGAAUGUCUGGACCUCAUAUCGGAGGAAUCGGUGUUGACCCCAUCACCCAUGAUAUCGCCAAAUCGGCAUCCAUUGGUACUGGUGGAAUAGGAGUAGACUCUUUUAAUCACAACAUCGCAAAGGAUAGCAAUUUUCAGCAUAACAUGGUCAAAUCAUUAGGAGUAGGACACAUUGGAGCCGGAAAACCUGGAAUUUCUGCUGGCACUUUUGGUGUUGACCAAUCAGGAAUCAUCGCUCACAAUAUUGGGAAAGCUACAAUGGGAGCUGACUCAAUUCAAGGUCACAACUUGGCAAAAGCUUCUGGCGUGCCCAUAGGCUCUGGUUUCAUGAACCCAGGAUCCCAUAUCAGCCGUAAAGCAGAAGCACAGGCGGGUCACGAUUUUGCUAAAUCGGGUGGUUUGGGUGCCAUCAGUAAGGCUCAGUCCGGUAUUGGUCAACCAAUUGGCAUGCAAACUGUUUUCCUUAACGGUGCACAAUCCGGAAUGGAUGGACGUCAAAUUGGAGGUUUCGGUGUCGACCCCAUCACCCAUAACAUCGCUAAAUCGGCAUCCGUUAGUACUGGUGGAAUAGGUGUAGACCCUUUUAAUCACAACAUCGCAAAGGAUAGCCAGUUUCAGCAUAACAUGGUCAAAUCAUCUGGAGCCGGAGGACACAUAGCCGCCGGAAAACCUAACUAUGACAAAGGAUUUAUUUUUGGUACUGUUAACCAGCAAGGAGUCAUCGCUCACAAUAUUGGGAAAGCCACAAUGGGAGCCGACUCCAUUCAAGUGCACAAUUUUGCAAAAGCCUCCGGUGUCCCCAUAGGCAAUGGGUUUAUGGGCCAAGGAUCCCAUAUCAACCGUAAAGAAGGUCACGAUUUUGCCAAGUCGGGUGGCAUGAAUGGAAUGAAUAUAUUUGGACAAACGUCAGGAUCAAACUUUGUUCACGAUAUGAAUAAGGCUCAGUCCGCGAUUGGUCAGCCAAUGGGUUUGGGACAUAUGAUAAAACCAGUUGGUGGCGCAUCAGUAGUACACAACGUAAACAAAGUCGGAGCCGGUGGGGCUGCUGGUAUGGGACAUGAUAGGUUGGCUGCUGAAGUAGGACACGGAAUUGCAAAGAAUUCAGUUGCUAAUGCUGCUGGGAUUGUUGACAUGGGAUCUGGAGGAGCGGUAUCUAUGGGAGAUCCCUUCGCAAAUCAGGCUGCGGCGCGACUUGCCCAGGAGUCACUUCACGUCGCUCAAAAGACGGUCGGCAUGGCCUCAAACGGAGGUGGUGCUUUCAAUCAGCCUAUUAUGCAUAAACCAGUAAUGCCAAAGAAGCCUGUUGUAGGCCCUACUGGAUAUGGCGGCCGUACUCGCAGUGUUCGCAUUCAUUAGAUGACAUUACUUAAUCGGUGAUGUGCAAUAUGGUGACACAAGACGCGAGGUACUUGAUCCAGCCAGUUCUUGUGAUAUUUUCAUGUAGAUUUUUUUUGAGUAUUUAUUGAAAAGUUAAAAUAAAAAUCGUAAAAUUGAA